CGAGCAGUGGUGCCGUGGUGGCACUCGCCCCAAUCUCCCUCCCAAGCCUCUUCCCUAUCACUCUCAUCCUCUUUCUCCUUUCUCUAUCCCAACCCUAGCCGGCAGCGCCAGCGGCCCCGAUGGCGUCGAUCCCGCCCGACGACGCGCCCGAGAACGGCCAUCGCAACGGCAACGGCCCUUCCCCGCCCGCCGCAAAGCGCCCCCGCGCGGCGCUGAUCUCCGCCGCCGAGAUCCGCACCGAGUUCGCGCACCACGACGCCGCCGUCGCCCGCGUCAACAACGGCAGCUUCGGCUCCUGCCCGGCCACCGUGCUCGACGCGCAGGCGCGCUUGCAGCGCCUCUUCCUCGCCCAGCCCGAUGCCUUCUACUUCGAUAGCCUGCAGCCGGGGCUCGCCCGCUCCCGCGCCGCCGUCGCGGCCCUCGUCAACGCCGGGGACGUCUCCGAGAUCUCCCUCGUCGACAACGCCACCACAGCUGCCGCCAUCGUGCUGCAGCACGCCGCCUGGAGCUUUGCCGAGGGUCACUUCGCCCGGGGCGACGCAGUGCUCAUGCUUCACUACGCCUACGGAGCUGUCAAGAAGUCAAUACACGCCUAUGUUGCCCGCGCGGGGGCCACCGUCGUCGAGGUACCCCUCCCGUUCCCCGUGGCCUCACCCGAUGCUAUCAUUUCCGAGUUCCAUGGCGCCCUCGCCCUUGCAAAGGCCGGUGGUCGCAGGGUCCGGCUCGCGGUUAUUGACCACAUCACCUCCAUGCCCAGUGUUAUCAUUCCAGUCAAGGAGCUUGUCGCCAUCUGCCGGCAAGAGGGCGUUGACAAGGUGUUUGUUGAUGCCGCACACUCCAUUGGCCAAGUCCCUGUGGAUGUGCGUGAUAUCGGGGCUGACUUUUACACCAGCAACCUCCAUAAGUGGUUCUUUUGCCCCCCGGCCGUGGCGUUCUUGCACACCCGCAAAGAUGUUCCAAUGGCCUCUCAGCUCCACCACCCUGUUGUGUCGCACGAAUAUGGCAAUGGGUUGCCUAUGGAGAGUGGAUGGAUUGGAACAAGAGAUUAUAGUGCCCAGAUUGUUGUGCCCGAGGCUAUCACCUUCGUGAACUGGUUUGAGGGUGGGAUUGAGGGGAUACGCACCCGGAACCAUGAGAAGGUGAUCGAGAUGGGUAAGAUGCUUGCUGAUGCAUGGGGUACGUUUCUUGGAUCGCCACCAGAGUUGUGCGGAAGCAUGGUUAUGGUAGGGAUGCCUAGUUGUCUUGGCAUUGAGAGUGAUGAUGAUGCACUGAGAGUUCGGACCAUGUUGAGGAAUGAUUUCAAAGUGGAGGUGCCAAUAUACUAUAAUACCAGAAGGGUCGAAGCGCAAGAGAUGGCGAGGGAUAAGAAUGGUGAUCCAGUGACAGGGUACGUAAGGAUCUCACACCAGGUUUACAAUGUGAAGGAGGAGUACGAGAGACUGAGAGAUGCUGUCAAUAAGCUUGUUGCCGAGAGAUUCACCAGCAGCAAAUUGCGGCCAUCUGAGAAGCAAGAGACUCUGGCGUGAUGACAUUACAUCCCAGACAGCACUCCAUCCUAAGAUGCUGUGGCCGACUACUUAGGUGUGGAUCUGUGCCACAGCCAGUGCUGCACUGUGGUCUAGUUCUUCCAUAGCUCCAUGGCAUCGCCAGUUGAUGUAGUGUACUUUCACAAACUGACAAGUUUUGUAUUUGCACUCGCAAUAACGUGCACUGGCAUGUAUUGUCUGUACCCCUGCAUUUUCGAGCUGUAAUGUAAGAAUAAUCUGAAUACAAGGAGACUUGUAGCUGUUGUAGAUUGAUUGCUGGUUACAGACUGAUAGUAUCUAGUGGCAGUGGAUUGCUGUGGUAGUCUGUUUACCUAGCCAUUUGUAUUGUCAUCGCCCAGGAGAAUGGAUAAAACAUGUUUAGUCAUGAAGUUA